AUGGUGAGAUACACUGUCAUCAUUGUCACUCCCAGUGACAGUCCAGCCACACGUAUUCUCGUUGUUAUCUCGCCGGAGGCUCUUGUAUCUGUAUUGAUCGGCAAGGUCAUUCAACGCUUGCCUAAGCUUUUCCCGAAUCUGAAAGAAACCAAUGACGAUGAUAUCAUCCUCCACCUGGGGGCUGCUGAUGGUCCCAUUCUGGAUGCCGGAGAUCUCUUGUCAGAUGCUAUUGAAAAUCCCAGAGGCGAGGAGAUUUUCGCUGUUUUAAACAAUGACACGACGCCAUCUACUUCAAGCAUUGAUGUUCAGGCCGACAACAGCAACUCUAUUCGAAUUCGGGUUAUCACACCAGAGCUAGCCCGGGCACAUGCUGAUCCUCAGGGCAUCCCACUUUUGAAGAACGAAUCAAUACUUCCUACCAGUACGCUUGCAGAGCUGGAGCUCAGGGUGAGGAGACAUUUGGGACUGAGCGACCAUGAGCUCGUACUGGAGAAACAAGACUGUAACUGUUCAUUCGCGCGUAUUAUCAACAAUAUUGGCACCAUCAACAAUCACAGCGAUAAAGCCGUGAACGCUAUGAACUCACUUGUCGUUGUUCACGGAAAAAAUGAGGUCACACACAUACCAGUAGGCAAUGGGACCACGCUCAGUGCUCUCGGCUCCGCACUGAACAGUACCUUACCUGCAGAGAUCACGACUAAUCAUCUGACCAUGGUUGGCGGAGUGAUUCAAGAACGUCAAUCCGGGCACGAGGUUGACUAUUCAAAGUUGCCUGUCGCAUCAUACUGCUCUUCAACCCGCCACAAACGUCGACGCACGCAUGAUGAGAUAAUAUCCGGAAUAUUAACUCUCGAUCUUCAUACUUCUGAGGUUUCUAUCGAAAUCACCUCAUACAACUGCAAGCUCACACUUGCGGAACUGGGCCUGGUGGAUUGCAUGAUUAAUGGUGUCCUAACACUUUAUGCUGUGCAACGAUGCGUUGAAACAGAGAAAGGCGGCCGUUUAUCAACGGGAAAUGAUGGCAUGUUUCAAGGCUCUGCUUGGUCACAUCCAGUAGAACAGUCUCAGCGGGGCAUGUCGGUUUUCUUGUCCACCUUACGAGUCUUGCAACAAAAACAAGAUGGUUUAUUCGGAGGAGACGGAAUGGAAGAAGCUCAGCAAGACGGUCUGCUUCAUCUGGUACGAUUAUUGACUAGAUUUCCUCCUGCGGUGCGAGCUAUGUACACACUCAUGCAGAAGAAAACCAUGUCGUUCUCGGAGCGGGCUGCACUUUCGCAAUCUUUGUACGAGGUACUCAAAGACAUUGUCCCACUAGAAAUAGUGAAGUCCACCACACGUCUCUUUGAGGGAUCGCGCCUCCUAUUCGGCCUGCUCUUGGAAAAAGCGAAACACCUCAAGGUCACUGAGAAGGGACAAAGCGCACGGCCCUACUUGAAAUCGUUGAGAACAAUUGAUCUGAGGAACAGGAUCACCAUGGAACCUGUCGCUAUUCCUGUACAGGCAGUUAUCGGCCUCAUUGAUAAAGGAGUCGCAGAUGCGUUCAGCGCAAACGGCAGCCUUAAGUGGACGGAUGACACCAACACAACUCCUGUUGGAACGAUUGAUAUUGAUCUUCAGCGGAUUGCUUUGCUAUCUGGUGGAUCCAACCCAUACGUGGCCACCUAUAACGACGAAUCUCGCCGGGCUGACGGAACAGCCAUUUUCGAUGCCAGCUUUGGUGAUCAACUUCGGGAAGUAAAGGAGCCGGACGAAGUCCUCAUGUUCUGUAUUGACUGCAGUGCGUCUAUGGGAGGCGAGAGCGAAUUUCCAGAUGUUGGGCCUCGCAUAAGUCCAGACGACCUUUAUAAAGAAAGGCUUCGAACUGUCAGCGCCACGCUUGAAAGCCAGGGCGAAGAUUUACGUUACGACCGACCUUCGCUUGAUGAAAUGAAAGGUUUCCUUUCGUCUCAUGAGUCCUUCUCUGAUAUGUUAGCAAUCGUUCAGACAGGGGUUACCAGCUCCAAGAGGCAGCUCAAUGCCGAAGAGAUAUUGAAACUUCUAGACGGGCUCGCUCGCGAACAGAUCAUGGCUGAGUCAGAAGAACUUAGACACCUACAUGACACUGGCAUAAACCAGCGUCAACGCCGCAAGACAGAGGAGUUAGAGUCAUCUUUGGCGGCUCUCAAGAACCGAGUGAUCCGGUUGAGAAUGUACAGAGAUGCUUUGAGUGCCUUCCUCGUCUACCGAUCAGAACAUUCAAUUGUAGCAGAGCCGAUGCCACCUCUGGCGGGCGAGGCUCCAGGUUCCUCAUCCGUAUCCCAUUUUCACAACUGUCCUCAUUUCGAUAUUCCCACAGAGAUGACUUGUCCAAUUACCUCCGAUCUGAUGAUCGAUCCAGUGUCAACCGUUGAUAAUUUCACCUAUGAGAGGGUUGCAAUUGAAAGGUGGCUUCAGACCCACGAGAGAUCGCCGUGCACCAAUCUCAAAUUAAAACGCCGCCGAUUGCGCCCAAAUGGUGACUUGAAACAGCGCAUUACCGACUGGACCAACGCUAUUGACAUAACCUCUCAAUACGGCAAUGGGGCUGAGAAGCUUAGUCUAAGUUUCAAGUCCCCGUUAGAAGCGUGGACUGUAGCCGUGGCCAUGCAUACAACCAUGCAUGACGUUUUUGCGAUUGCCUUCCGUGGAACUCGUGGUCGCUAUGCGAAGUUCACGCUGGACCAGAAUCAGAUACAAUUAAAUCCCAGUACAGUGUUGGCCAGAACCGCCAUCGCACACGGUGGCGAUAUUCUCGUCAAACCCCUGACAAUUGCCCAAGAGAAUCAAGGCAGUGGCAAAUACUGUCUGAUCAAGCAAUUCGUGCAGAAUAUUGCAGGUGUCCGCGAGUACAUCGCGCUCUGGACCAACAUUAGGUCUAGAGGUGAUGGACACACGGUUGGUAGCAUUGAAAACCAUUGGACACCUUUGAAAAAGUUUCUGCAUGACGAGUCCUGGUACGAAAGCCUCGAGAGUGAAGACCAAUGGGAUCUAGACGAGCAGCGUCCGCCACCUGUGUUCAAGGUCUGGUUGGGCGGUGCAGCUGCACGCUCAACCGCUGUACUAUCCCGACUAGAUGUGGUAAAACAGAGCUUCGAGGCCUUCAUGAAUAGGGUAUUGGCCUACAAUUUCCAGACCCACAUAGGCCUUGUCACUAUCAGAUCCCAGCCAGCACUCGUCCAAGUCAUCACACAUGCCAUAGAAGAGUUUCGUCACCAGCUCAACAACAUUAGGGCUGAUGGUGAUACUGCACUCUGGGAUUCGAUAUCACUUGCGCAGGAUCAAUUGCAGAGCUACUCUCAGCGGUUUCCGAAGGCGAAACUGCGAAUCAUUUGCUUGUCCGAUGGAGAGGAUAACAAAUCUAGUCAAACGGUUCAUGAUUUGUCAGUGAGGCUCCUGCAAAGCAAAAUUGUACUUGACUCGAUUUCCAUCGGCAACAAUAAUGACGAACUGAAAACCCUCGCACAUCUCACUGGUGGUUACAAGUUCCAUCUGUCAUCAGUAGAGCAGGCGAUGACUAUAUGCGAGUUGGAGCCAGUACUCUCCCAACUGGAGCGUCCAGAGAUCAAGCUUCCUGCUUCUGCUUUCAAGCAUCUAUCAGUACCCAGAGUAAGAUUCCUCGAAGCAGGUCACGACGUUGCAACCGACGAAGUCAGGCAAGACAAAAUUCCUGAUCGCAAAGUUCACCCUCUCCUGGGAGAAUCAUUUGUUGAACUCGGUACUUUUGCUCGACAGUCUAACAUAGCUAGCCGCAGCGACAACAAUUCCCGGUUAUCUAGAAUACACAAUGAGCUUCGGAACACAGGGGCUAAAGGGCAUCCAAGCUAUGACGUGUAUGUCUGUGAGUCAAACAUGGCCUUCUGGAAAGUCGUCAUAGAGGGUCCGACAGAAAGCUCAUUCGUUGGGGGUACAUUUCUCAUCUACCUUGAAAUGCACGACAACUUUCCUGCAUUCGCCCCUGAAUGUCGUUUCGUGACUCCCAUGUAUCAUCCGAAUAUCAACAGUAAGUCUAUCAAGCCUUUGGCGCGAUCUUUCUAGACUGACAAUUAAUCACAGGACAUGGUCGCGUUUGUCAUUCGAUAUUCUCGCGCAACUGGACUGUGGAUACAACGGUGUCGGAUCUCAUCAAUGCUGUUUAUUCGCUGCUACUGAUUCCAGAGUUCAGCGAUCCCAUGUAGGUGUUUCUCUUCUGUGAACUCAUACGCAUCGACUAACCUUGCUAAAGCAACACUUUGGUCA